AUGUUCCCCCGCCCGCUGACCCCGCUGGCGGCCAAAAAAAACGCCGAGCCCCUGGGCCGGGCGCUAAAAAAAACCCCUCUGGGCAGGUCCCGGGCGGGGCUGGGGGGGCCGCCCCUGCUGCUGCCGUCCAAAAAAAAGUUCGCGGUGAUUGUGGCCUCCAGAAAAAAAAUGCUCAUGAUCGAGCGGGGCAUCCAAAAAAAAAUGAAGCCCCUGCCCCUGUACCCGAAAAAAAACGAGGGCGCAGCCUGGCGCGGGAAAAAAAAAAAGCCUGGGGGCCUGUCCCUGAGUGAAAAAAAAGCGGACUUGCAAGUGCGGCAGGACAAAAAAAACAGGACCCUGCGGGCGGUGUGCGGACAGCCGGGCAUGCCCCAGGACCCCUGGGACUAAAAAAAAGGGCAGCGGCGCACCCUGCUGCGCAAAAAAAACGUAAGUGACCGUUACCGCUUCCUAAAAAAAAACGUCCCCAAGGUGGCCUGCUCUAAAAAAAAACGGGUGCUAAAGGUGCUGGCGGGUAAAAAAAACAGCGUGGACGUCCGCCUCAAGAUAAAAAAAAGCAGUGACCUGGUGUUCCUGGCAGAAAAAAAACCUGAGGAGAUUCGCUACCGCCUGAAAAAAAACUUUAAGUUCCUGUUUGUGCGGGAAAAAAAAAAACGCCUCCUCUCUGCCUACCGCAAAAAAAAAGGCGAGAUCCGAGAGUACCAGCAAAAAAAAAAGGCUGAGAUAGUGAGGCGGUACAGGGCUGGGGCGGGGCCCAGCCCCGCAGGCGACGAAAAAAAAUUCCCUGAGUUCCUGAGAUACCUGAAAAAAAAAGACCCUGAACGCAUGAAUGAGCAAAAAAAAACCGUGUACCACCUGUGCCAGCCUUGUGCCGUGCACUAUGACUUUGUGGGCUCCUAUAAAAAAAAGGAGGCUGAUGCCAAUCAGGUGCUAAAAAAAAUACGGGCACCACCCCACGUCCAAUAAAAAAAACGCCAGGCCUGGUACCGGCCAGCCAGCCCCGAAAGCCUGCAUUACCACUUGUGCAGAAAAAAAAGGGCCCUGCUGCAGGAUGUGCUGCAAAAAAAAAUCCUGGACUUCUCCCUCUUUGCCAAAAAAAAGCCUAAUGUCACCAAGGAGGCGUGAAAAAAAAGACCAUAG